AUGGACGCCUGCAUCGCCCAGUCGACCAACUUUUUCCCAUCAUACGACGGCGGAGCCGACGCAGAACCCAUCCCUCACCAAAUCGCCGAUGCGAGCGACUUCUCCAUCCUCCAUGGCCCCCUCGCCCUCUCCACCCGUCGUCCCACCUUGGCACUCGACGCUCGGAGAAGCUGCUUCUUGCUCCUUCGCCUCUGCUCGCUCACCGACACCGACCAGCCGAAAGCAUCGCCGCCGAGCAGAGGAGACGGCACAGGCUCGGAGAGGCUCACGCCGCUUCGCAUCGGAAGCAGGACGCCCACCACCCACCCCCAUCGUCUCCUCCUCACUAGUACCUGCGCGGUGCAGAUGAGUGUGCGCCGAUGGAGUGCUGCUCCUCGGUCCUGGUACGUGCACCACCAACAUGUCCCGAUACGCCACCAGGUCAACGUUCACGCCCUCGCCGUCCAUGCCCGCGCCGUCGCCCACACCCACGUCCACGCCCCCGCCCACGUCCACGUCCACGCCCACGCCCACGCCCACGUCCACGCCCGCACCCACAUCGCAAGCCCACUCCCCCACGGCAGGGUGCGAAUGCGAACGGAGACCUCUCGUCGCACUCCCACGUUGUCCCUUGGUCCCUCCAACCCGCCUGGCGCUCUAGCUUCGAGCAGGAGAGAGAGUCAAGACAGAUCCUCCUUGGUCCUUGCCGCGCGCGCUAUGGAACCGGGUGACUCUGGAUCCCGGCAAAGGUCGGUCUUACAUUCCUCCAACCAGCUCCCCUCCCUCCUUGCUGCUGCUGCUCCUCCGUUUCGCCUCGUCCGUCCCCGUCCCAUAUUAACACGUCCCUUCGCCCGCAGUCGUCACUCGUCCACCUCCGUUUCCGAACCUCAACAGCACCAGCACCAGCACCAGCACCAGCACCGCCAGACCAACCCUCGGCGUCCGCACCAGCCAAACCCGCCGCCGCCCUCCUUUCUUCCGCCCCAGCCAGAUAGGCGCCAUCCGCACGAGCAGCCUGCCAUGGCGACGGCCACGGUCCUCGCCCCGAGCGCUCACUACCCCCCCCAGGCCUCCUACUCGUCCGGCUACCCUCAGUACUCGUCGGCCCCCGGCGCCGCCUCCUCCAGCAUGAUCUCGCCCGCGCCCCGGCGGUCGUCGGACGACAACGAACCGUCCGGCCGUCAGUCCCUGCCGUCCAUCUCCGAGGUCAUCUCCGGCACGAGGCCGAGCCAGUUCCCCCCGCCCUCGCAGGCGAGCCUGCCGCCCGGCUCGAGCCUGCCGUCGCCCUUCGCCCAACCCGCCCACCAGUAUCCCGAAUCCGACAAGCACUCGCCACCCCAACCCCUGCACCCGGCGCCGACCUUCCCCUCGAGGCCGGAGGCGCUGUCGGCCUUGACGGACUCGCCGAGGCCGUCGUCGUUCAACGGCCGGCACAGCCUUCCUCCCGUCUCGGACCGCCGUCCGACGCCGCCCUUCAAGUCGGAACACGCCCCUCCGCAUCACCAAAGCCCGUCGGACUCGCACCCGCCGAACGGCAGCUUCCCGCAUCCUCCUCACCCGACGCCGGCCCCCACCUCUCACCCCUAUCCGCCGACGCAGCUUCCGCCCGGCCAGAUUCCGCUUCCGAGCUACCCCGUCUCCCCGCGGCACGGCAUGCCCAUCGUGUCCGGUCACUACGACCCGCGGGCGCAGCCCGUGCACGCCGAGGAUGCCGAUUUCGCCAACCGCGCCCGCUACGAGCAGCCGCCGAAUCGACACUUCGAGACGUGGAGCUAUCAAGACUCGUUGAGCCGCAUCGGUUCCUCGUCCCGCACCGUCUUCAACUUCGCUGAGGCCUACACGAGGAUCGCGAGGGAGCAGCACGGAUCGCAGCCCAUACCCCAGAGGCUGCCCACGGAGCGAGAGGUGGGCGAGAUGCUCGCCAACGUCGACCUCAUCAAGCGCUCGCUCGAGCAGGUCAAAGAUGCCGUGCAAGCGUCCAUCCAGAGCGAGCGGUCCAGAGAAGGCACCAAGGUGGCGGGGCACUACGAGGAGGAGCACGAUCACGCCAUGUACGACGGCAUGAAGCCUCAGUACGCCAUUCAACACGAAGUCAAGAAGAGGCGAGGGGUACGUUUUGUCUCGGACGUGGCGCGCGCGCGCCCUGAGCUGAGGAGCAUCGCUAACCGUUGCCGCAGCGUGCCGCCCCGCCCGGCCGAUGCCAUAGCUGCAACAGAAUCGACACGCCCGAGUGGAGGCGAGGGCCCGACGGCGCGAGGACGCUGUGCAACGCGUGCGGACUUCACUACGCAAAACUGGAGAGGAAACGACAGCUCGAGGCUCGAUCGAUUCGGCCCAAACCGGAAGACAGGAGCUAAAAUGCACGACAAGGUCGAAUCGGCCGCCGGCGGGACAUGCCACGGCACGACCGUGGCAGCGCGGCCCUGGGCAGCUCGAGGUUGCCUCGACGCCCACGCCGUCCGAAUCUAG